AUGGCUCGUGGGCAUCAAAAAGCUCAAUCACAACAAAAAAACUUGAAAAAACAAGAAGCUUUAAAAAAACAAGCUGGUUCUGAUCAAAAAACUGCAGCAUUAAAAGCUUUAAAGCACAAAUGUACGGUUUGUAUGGCUAUGAUGCCUGAUCCAAAAACAUACAAAGAACAUUUUGUCUCCCGACACCCAAAAGCUGACCUUCCUCCAGAACUUGUUGAUGUUGCUUUGUGA